CAUCUAAAACUGUUUCCUAUUGAAGCAAAGGAAUAUUAGUAUCUUUCUUCCUUUCUAAUGGCGCCUACGGCUGGAUCUCAUGAAGAUGUUAAGGUAGUUCUCAUUGAUACUCGGUACGUUCAAACUGAUCCCCUCAGCUUCAAAUCUGUAGUUCAAAAGCUUACAGGCAAGGAUUGUUGCGUUGCAUGGAUAGAGGAGAGUUCAUUUUCCGGUUUAAAACCCGAAACAAAGGUUGCAGCUGAGAGGCCAUGGGGCACUGCCACGCCGGGCGUCGGCUCUGGCGGUGCUUCCGUGUUAACCAAGGGUUAUUCUUUUAAAGAUUUGGAUAGAAUGAUCUUGGAGGCGCCGCCGGUAGACGAGUUGAAAUGGUUCUGGACUGACUAGCAAAACAUUUUCUUUCUUUUCUUUUUUUUCCUACUUGAUAAUUAUUUGAUGUCCCGAAAAUAUUUUUUUU